CGCAGACAGAUGCAGACGACAGUGAAAUUGAAUUUGUGCAACAGUGUGACUCUAUUUUCCGGCACAACACGUUUAAGGUGUGAAUGGGGACUCCCUCACUUGUGUUUGCGAUGCUGGGAAGGGAGCUCUCGUAGCUCUGUGUUUGGUCGUUUUCGUCUGUAAUCCUAAUACGUGGUGCUAGGGUGUCUUGUGGACCUACGUCGCCAUUGCCGGACGUUCGGCCCCUUCCUGGCGCAGGGCAGCAGAUCUUUGUACUGCUUGACCUGCAGCACAAAAACAGGACAUGGCCGUGCGGAUACGACAUUCAUUGGUUGGCGCUACUUCUGAUCCUUACCACCGGCCUGUCCUUUCUCUUUUUAUUCAAGGAGGCAUACCCCUGCAUCACGGAACACGAGCUUCGCUCGUAUUGGUUCUUCCAAGCACGUGACCUGUCCCAGGGGCGGCAUCUACUAUGACGGACCGAUGUUGGUGGCGGGACUCCUCCCGUUUCGAAAUGACUUGUGGCACCUUCAGUUCUGAAGUGGACGAGCAUCAUGCAGGAAGCAGAUACAACAUAAGGGCACCCCGGAAAUACAAUGGCAGCGUCACCUCAAGACAACCCCAUCAUGGAUGAAGAAAAGUCACCAGAAUGGAAAGAUAUACGGAAAAAGAUGCACAAGGCGAUAGACGAGCGAGAUUGUAUUCAAGUGCAACACUGCCUCCAAAGUGCACCUCACCUCAAGCUAUGGUUACGUCCAGACAACACAGAAUCAGCACUCCACAGAGCGAUUGAGAAAGACUCAUUCUUUAUCUACGGAUUGUUGCUGUCACACAAGUGCGACUUCAUGAACGAGACGGAAAGGAAAUGCCUUGAUAGUCUGGACUUUCUUCAAAAGUCUGAACUGCAACGGCAACAGUACUUUGUGACGAGAUAUCCAGACUCCUACAUUCAUUACCUUAAAAGCAAGUCACAGUGUUUGUCCAACCACGAAUCCUUUGGAACAAAGGUAGACCACUUGCUCCAAAAAUUGAACGGCAUCGAAUUACUUGUAAAUAUUUUGAAAGCAGCCGCUACAUCCCAGCAUCUGAAAAUCCGGUACGAUUUUGAGAGGGGCGACGUCCAAUGCAUGAUGGGGGGUGGAGGAAGAUACGAUCUCGGGAUCACGGACCGUGAUAAGGAAGAAAUUUUUAUCGCAGCCAAGGCCGUAGCCGAUCCUUGUUCAACGAGUGGAGAUGCAGAUGCAGAGGUCGCGGGCACCUUAGCCCACGAACUCUGUCAUCUCGCUCUUCAUUUGGUGUACAGAAAUGGCGGAAAACCCUACUUCGCCCACGAUGACGACAAGAAAAUGCGAUAUCAAGGCAUCGUUAAACGCAUGGAAAAACAAGUGCAGGAACAUGGACGCAAACUCGACCGUAUUCUAUGUCUAGCAUUUCCUCGUCACACGGAAGAAGAGUUAAUAGUCCGUGUUCCCCACAUACUUGUUCUGCGUGGCGGUCCUGGUGUCCUUGAGGAGCAAGCCAUGGAGCUGUACCAGUAUUUCCUGGAUGCCGUAAUCCCAGACGUGGUCCAGUACCUACAGAAUGUAUGCCCGGGAAAGGAUGCAGAGGAAAUUCGAAGCGCAAAUGACAGACUUGGAAAAGCUUUUGCUACAGAUGCACUAAGGGUGACAUUCAAGAAGAACUCAUUGAUGCAAGUGGUCUCGGGUGGAGGACCACGUUUAAUGCUCACAGCCUCUGACUUGCAGCUACUCGAGAUACUGGUUCAUGACGCUGUCAAGUCUACGGGACAGCCGUACUUAUUCCUCGAUGCUUCUCAGUGGGAUGAUGCAUUAGAUGACGUGUUGAUCGACUACAAGUGCAACUUUGUGGUUGUAGUGUUCGAGAGGCCUGAACAUGUGGACGCCUUUGAACGCGCACUGAUAUUCUUGGGUCGUGUUUCGUAUGUGGUUGGCACAACAGUUCUUCUAGUUGCGCAAGAAGAGAGUAAAGAGUACAUUAUCGAACGAGUGAAGAGGGUCGACUACUUUGAUACACGCCUUCACGUCAAAUAUGUUCAGGAAGCCCGCUUUGACAACAUCACGCAAGGAUGCAAAGACAAAGUCGCGCAACGGUCCCACGUACGAUUUCAAGGGAAGGAGUUCCAUGUGAAGUUUGAAGAUGUGGCACCUUUGCACCGCUUUGUUGAGCUAGUAGAUACGACAGCUUUCUUGAAGCUCUGCAAAUUCCGGUACAUCGACGUAGGCCCAUCGCUUCGCGAAUUAAGAAACGACAUCGGCGAUUGUUACGUGACACGAAGGUUAGAAACUGGCGCUUUUUGGAUUGAUCUAUCGGCAAUAGAAUUUCGUAUGCGGGAUGAGGUGUUCGUUUUCUACGAGUGUUCCGAAGAGGUUAUCAUGAGAAUUCUUCCUUCGGUUCGCGAGGUACACCAUGGGAAGACGUUAGAUCAUUUCCAGAGAUAUGUGCUCAUCGAUGACAUCGACGAUUAUGAACUCCUCAAGGAAAGACCUUACUUCCAUAACAAGACUGUGCAUCUGUUGAGGUACUACGUAGCGUUCGACCGUUUUGCCUUGAUCAAAUCCAACGGACCUCUCCAUCGCCUUCCGAUCACAGAAAGUGCGUACACAGAUGAAGACUCUGUUGUGCGAUCGCUGCGCAAGGUUGUCGUUAUCUGUGGUGCGCCAGGCAUUGGGAAAAGCGUCUUGGCAACUAGGCUUUGUGGAAAACUAAAGAAAGAAGUAAGUAGGCGAUGGGUGCUGCACGUUGAUCUCCCGCGGAAAGUUGGAGACAUUAACUUACAGACUGAAGUGCAGUAUCUAAAAAAUCUGGCGUUUUUAUGCGGAGUGAAAGUAGAGGGACUCGAGUUUGUUUGGUUUGAACAAAGCGUGCGUCGUCGUUUUCCUUUCGAAGUUUUCAUUAUCUUUGAUGCCUUUGAUGAAAUCGUGGAAGACAGUCGAGAUGGCAUUCUCAAGCUUGUGGCGUGGCUCUCGCAAACCCAAGUUUCCAAGAUAAUUAUUUUCACUCGUCCAGUUUUUAAGGACAUCUUACGAGAUCUCACUCCCGUACGCCCUCUUGAACUAGCUUCGUUCUCACUGUGUGAGAGUAUCGAAUGUCUAGCGAAAUACUUGAGGACAAAAAGUUCGACCUCUGUCCCUGAUGAUGAAUUGCGCGCGAGGGCUGCUGAUAGGUUAACAAUGUUUUCUUUGCAUUUCUUCUUUACCUGUGGCACAAGCCUUUGGGACAGCUUAAGAAAUCCGACGCCCUUGGCAAAUCCCCUUUUCAUUCGUACGAUAGUUGACAUGGAGCAGGAUUAUUCGCAGGAGCCGUUUGAAAUUUAUGUCAGAAAGAUUGGCAAUACCUUUGACCUUUACAGAAGGCUCGUGGACUACAAGCACAAACUCCACAUGCAGGAAAAAAUUCAGGUAGACAUUGGUAACGCUACUACUGCUACAAAAUACGCCAAUGAACUUUUAAGGGAACGCUUCUAUGCAGACCUCGGCCUAGUCGCCGCGAAUAUAAUUUUCAGCGAGCAACGGUUUCGAGAGAGAGUGCUGACAGAAUCUGAUCUCGAAGCCUUGAAACCAGAUGGAAGACUCAUGAAAGAAGUGUCUCGCAACUACUUAGGUAGCGGUCUAAUUGAUAUAAUCCAGAACGGAACUCCAGUGUUCAUCCACAAGACGUUCGCCGAAUUCUUAGCCGCACAUUUUCUCUUCGAAAAUAUCAAGAAGUCCAGAAAAGACACCGAAGACCUGAGGACCUUGGUGCUAGACAUAUAUGCAAGAGGUGGAAACUUUAGCAGUGUUGCAAAGUUUCUUGAUGGCUUCGCGACAUUUUCUCAUCCCCUGCAUUCUGCUAUUGUCAACUCGAAUGUUUUUCCUCUGCCUAGUCGUCCAACCGCAGAAGACAUGCACCGUCUUGACGAAUUCGGUCGGACGCUCGCGCAUGUGGCUGUACUCUAUGAAAAUAAAGUCAUUUUAAAGGACCUUUCAAUAAGCGACGCAGUCGAAAAAAAAGAUGCUUUCGGCAUCACACCGCUCAUGUAUUUGGAGAAAUUCGAGAGGUUGGACGGAGCGGUGGGAUUGGAUGAGUUCUGUGCUCGUUACCAUGAUGCGAAGAUCGACUGGUCAGAAGCAAUACCUGGCACAUUCAGGAACAUCAUGAGAGAGAAAGAUCUGAAGCGUUCUGUGUUAUAUAAAGCCGUGCAAGGUAAUCAUCUUUCCCUGCUGAGCAUUCUCCUCAGAGAGUUUUGCUUGAAGGUCGGAGAAGAGGGCCCUCACCGUGUGGCUGUCGACACCAUCAGGGAUACGAACGGAGCAACAAUCAUGUUUUCUGUGACGUCUACAGAUGCUUUCGAGCUCCUGCAUCCGUACUGCGACGUUCGAGCCGUUGACCGCACUGGGGCAGGUGUGUUGCAUUCGUAUGUUCGAAAUCGCAUGAUGCUGGGCAUUGACAUGACUGAGUGGGUGCGGUUCCUCCUUCCACGUACUCCGGUUCACGUUCCUUCGAAAUUUGGUACCGCGUUGGGAGGCGCGGUAGCUGCGGGAAAAAUCCACCUCAUAAAAUUGUUACUUCUCCGUUCGCAGACAUACUACUGCGACGCAUCUCAUGGCACGCCACUCUUUGAAGCCUACAGGUGCACCUUAUCUAGAGACAAGUGUCAUCCUGACAUCCCUGAUUUACUUCUUCCUCACUCAUCUGUCUAUCAUCCCAUUGAUGACUCGCCUGUAAUGUCAUUUACCGAUGAGCACACUCACUUUUUUGAAUUGGGCUGGAUAGGUGAUUUAUGCAAGCCCUCAGGUCCGGUGGUGGCCCUCUAUCAUUCUUCCAGUAAGCUUAGUCCCGCUAGCUUAGGAAAAGUAAUCCUGGAAUCUGGUUACGGCCUCCCGCUUCAUUCUGCGUUUCAAUCUCUGUACCCUUAUCUGAACCUCAGUGACAGAGUUGAAGAUGUGAAGAAAGCCGUUCUGUACUUCUGCCAACCGUACAGGGAACACUGCGAUUGUGGUAUUCUUAAAGGCUUACUCUUCGGUUUUAACUUUGGCUCCAGUGACUGGAUUGACGAAGACAUCCUUCAUCCUUGCAGGGAAACAGCGAAUGUAGAGUUACAGAAGCUUAUAUUUCCCUAUAUGAACUGUGACGUUGCCGGUGCUUUGGCACUACCUCGUGGGGAACCGCGCGGGGACAAGCUUGUAAGGUGACCAACCCUGCCGUCAACGACGAACGAGCACUGCGAAGGCAUUCCGCGCUUCACUAAAAACCACUACAACGACCAGCACAUAUUCACUUCAGCGGAAGAAGCAAGUGAAUCAUAUCUUCCUGCUGUCACAUAUGGGCCAUCGCUCGAGGUCAUGCAUUUUCGAACGCAGCUAACUGUGGGACAAAUCCUACGGCGCAACCACAGUAGCAGACGACAGCACCAACUUCGUAGCAGACGACAGGCCUACUGGUGCCGUCUGGCUUGCCGGAAAACCAGCAGUACAAUCACGUCGCGAUAUUUUGCAUCGACUUAACAUGUCUGUUGUGCUAUUGAACUGAUGUAUUAACGAGACACUUGAUUGCACACGUAUUUCACUCUGGUUCAAAGUCAUGUAUGUUCGCGUUUGUUCUGCUUUAAUUGCACGAUUACGGACGCUCUGAAGUAUGCAUGUUGCCUUUUCUGCGGGACAUACCUCCUCGUUGAUGAACUUGCUUUUCGAGUCCUAACUUAUUUAUUGUUCGGAGUGCUACCUUACUUAAGUACUCCGUAGUCGUACUCUGGUUUCAGAUAAGUGUGAUGUAAAUAAAUAUGUUAUCAAGA